UUUAUCAUGAAUUACCAAGACCACCUCACAAAAUUUGUGUUUUUAAAACCUCUAAAAACUAAAAAGGCAGAAGAAGUAGCAUAUAACUUGAUGGAUAUUUUUUGCAUAGUCGGGGCACCUUGCUUGCUUCAUAGUGACAAUGGCAGAGAAUUUGUGAAUCAAGUAAUUACUAGCCUUGCAGAUAUGUUUCAAGCAAUAAUAAUUCAUGGUAAACCACGUCAUUCUCAAAGCCAAGGGUCCAUCGAGAGAGCGAACCAAGAUGUAAGAGACAUUUUAAUUACUUGGAUGCAGGAAAAUGAGACAACUAAGUGGGCAGAAGGUCUAAGAUUUGUGCAAUGAAAAAAGAAUAGAUCAUUUCACCGAGGCAUCCAACGUACUCCAUACGAGGCUAUGUUUGGCAUCCCACUUGUUAAUGGCUUAAAAGAUUCAAAUCUUCCGCUUGAAAUUGUAGAGAAGUUACACGAUGAGGACGACAUUUAUAGAUUAGAAAGCAGUGUUGGUAGAAACAUAGAACAGGUAGUAUCUAAAAAAUCAGAUUCAGAAUUUCAAAACAGUGAUGGAGGAAAUGAAAAAGAUGUACAAGAAAGCUUUCCCAUAAAUUAUUCCAAAAAUGAUGAUGUUGAGGAAGAAUUGUUGAGGAACAACGAAAUCCGAUUAAAAUCAAUAAAUCAACAUCGAUCUCAUAGUAUUGCAUAUUUAAAAAAGCAAGCAACAGAAAUGUUACAGCAAAGUUGUUCCAAAUUCCCAAAAAUGGAAAUUGGGCAGAACGUUUUAGUUAAGAUUCCUGAUGUCGACAGAGGACGCUUAGCUCCUCGUAACAUUUUGGCUGUUGUAUUGUCCGAGAAAGAUGAUUUAUACCAACUUGGUACAUCAACUGUCGUCUUGGAAAAACUAUAUGCAAGGAAUGAAUUCCAGGUAUGUACUUAACUAAUAUUUUAUAUAUUUAAACGGUAAUAAGGUUUUUCUUUUCAGCCUUCUCAAACGAACUCAUUGACAUCUUCAGAUGUACCCAUCGAAAAUAAACUCAGUUUGCGAACGGUGGCGGCAAAAGAAUCAAAUUCUUCCCAGGGGUUUGUAAGAUGCAACUGUCGUAAACAGUGCAGUAAUAAAAAGUGCAAAUGCUUAUUAAAGAACUUGAAAUGUAACGGUAAAUAUCAUUCAAGUACUUCAUGUCGCAAUAAGUAAUAAAAUAAAUAUUAUGUUAGUUCCUA